AUGCCUACUGGUGCCAUCUUCAACUCAAGAAUGUCCCUCCCAAUAACGGAGAAGCAAUGGACGACCGGAGGAACAGCUUAUUCUGCACAUCCAGCCUUCUACAUCGCGACCUAUAUUUUCUUUUCCAACCUGACCAUUCUCUUUAACAAAUGGUUGAUUGAUACUGCAGGGUUUCCAUACCCGAUAUUUCUGACAUGCUGGCACAUGACCUUCUCCGCCAUCUCUACACAGAUCCUGGCCCGGACCACACGAAUGCUUGACGGCCGGAAAGAUGUUGAGAUGACGGGUCGCACAUACAUGCGUGCCAUCAUGCCUAUCGGACUUCUUUACAGCGGCAGCCUUGUUUGCAGCAACCUGACCUACCUUUACCUCAGUGUGCCGUUCAUCCAAAUGCUCAAGUCGGUGUCCCCUGUCGCAGUCCUCUUCACCAGCUGGAUCUGGGGAGUUGCCAGUCCAUCUUGGUCGGUCCUUUUCAAAGUUCUCGUCAUUGUCUUCGGCGUGGCGCUAGCGAGCUUUGGAGAGAUCCAUUUUCAAUGGAUGGGGUUCUGGUACCAGAUCACUGGUAUUGCAUUUGAAUCAGUCCGCCUGGUCAUGACCCAGGUCUUGCUUUCUGGAGACGGCCAGAAGAUGGACCCCUUGGUCAGCUUGUAUUACUAUGCUCCCGUUUGUGCCGUCAUGAACUUCCUCUUGGUCUGGUACACCGAGAUGGAGACUUUCAAGAUGGAUGAUUUCGUCAGAGUCGGACCAGUCGUCUUGGUAAUCAAUGCUUCCGUGGCUUUUAUGUUGAACAUCGCCAGCCUCUUCCUGAUUGGGAAGACCAGCAGCCUGGUGAUGACUUUGACCGGCAUUUUCAAGUCUAUCCUCCUUGUCGUCGCCGGUGUCUUAGUCUGGGGCACGCCAAUCGGCGCACUUCAACUGCUCGGCUACAUUGUGGCACUCUUCGGCUUCUGGUUCUACUCUGUGCCGCUUGAAACCAUGCAAGAGUUUGUAGCAGAGACGAGGAAGGGGUUGGUGACUAUUUCAGCAUCGCCCUCGUAA